GGUACGCGAGACUGUAGUCGCAAUAUAACGACGAUCUCGCAAGCGCCCGCAAGCAACAUGUUCAAGUUGAUCAUUUUCCUUGGCACCGUCGCCUACGCAUCCGCCGGCCUCUACUCCGGAUACGGCGGCUCUUAUGGCUACGGUGGUUACGGCUACGGCGGCUACGGCGGCUUGGGUCACGGUGGAGUAGCGGCGAUCGCACCUGCGCUCACAUACGCACACGCUCCAAUUGCCACCAGUUACGCCAAUACGUACAAGGUGGCGGUCGCCCCGUCCGUCGCUAAGUACAUCGCACCUGCCUACGCGAAGGUGGCGUACGCGCCCGUCACUAAGCUCGCUUACGCUACACCUGCUGUCACUUACGCGGCCCCGGCGGUCAGCUACGGCCACUACGGGUACACGAUUCCACCUUCUGUCUACACCGGCGCCCUCGGAUACGGACUCGGACACGGUCUUGGUUAUGGUUACGGCUACGGAAUCGGCCAUGGUGGCUACGGCGGAUACGGCGGAUACGGCGGAUACUAUCAUUAGAUUUGGAUUUCUUCGGCGAACUCGAUCGUGACGGCUGCGUACUCCGCCACCGACUCUGUCAUCAGCUGUGUACAUGAUGUUUAUAAUACACUUUCUCAUCUUUUACGCCGUCCCCGUUUCUUACCGCACGCAUUUCUCACUCCGCUCCGGCGUUCAAGUCCCCGCGAAGUCUUCGCGCGUGUUAACGGUUUAUUAUACAGGCGGUUUCCCACGGGUGAAACCGAAAAAUUCGGGUGCGAUUAUCAGCGAAUAACACGGGAAAUUUCGAGUGAUCGAUGAUUGACAAUUUGUAGAGGCUUCUUCAAUCAAUGACUCGACAGUUUGCGUGUUAUUUGCGAAAUGGUAUCGAAUACUUUUCUGCUCAGUUUCAUCCGUUCUAGUCGCACACCACGGGAACCGAGAUUAGUUUGGGACACCCUGUAUAAUAGUUUAUUAUUAGUAUAUAUUAAUAGUUGUUUGCUCGCAAAUGAAGAGGAAGUGAGGCAUCGAGGCUGAGGCGGGCAUCUGCGAACUUUGUUUACCGGGCCCGAUCGAUCUUCGUAGUCCUUUUACUUCAGCGUGGUAACUUGAAUUUCGAUUUUAUGUAACAACGCGUACGAGCUCGCUUUACGUAAUAACGCGCUCGCUUGAUGCAAUGUACGAUUGAAACUUGCCUGCUUGAUCUUUACGACACUUGAUCGCACGUUUCGAUAAGUACGGAUAAUAAUUAAAUAUUCCGAGGUGGGGUGGAACGUAAGAGAGGUUCUUCGAGUUCCUCUUCUUCUUCGAGCGCUUUCCCCGUCGACGAGUAAUUUCCCUUCGGAUAUUUUAUUAUUUAUGUGAAUGUCAGAUGAUUUACAUAGAUGUGUAAUUAUUUUAAAUAACUUUUUAAUCAGACACUCGCGAUCGUGAGGUGACGCUCACAACCUGUCUCGACGUAUGUAAUUACUAACUCCUCAGAGUAUCGCGCGACGAGAUUAUUCCGCCGGAUAAAAAUAAGGCUGCGCUAUCAGAAUGAUAUAUGCGACGAGUUAACCGCGCAAACUGUUUACAGAACAAUUUGACUUGGCCGUAAACGUUAACAUCUCUGUUCGAGGUAGAUCGAUGAAAGAGAUAUUCGGCAAAUUAUGCGUUCUCGUUUCACGCGAAUUUCAUUCGCACGGCGAUGCGGCGUCGACGAAUACAGGAUGUCUCAGAAUUAUCAAAUGCUCUUUCAAUCGUAAUUUCCUUAUUUAACUCGGACGGAGAGUCACUUUCUCUCUCUCUCUCUCUCUUAAUUUUACACUUCUUCGGAAACAAAUCGGAUUACAGUGCCAAAAUGAGAUGGUCAAAUUUACGAACAGGAGAUAUCGUCGCUUAUCCGUCUUUGAAAUCUGGUCAAAAGAGAAAAUCGCAGAUCCUUCAUUUUUUUCGAAGGACCUAAUUAUUUAUGAAAGCUGUCGAUGCAUUUUCGUCGAGGAUCAAAUUAACUCAACAUUCUCGUCUGUUUGUUCUAAAGUUUAUCCAGAGAAGAAAACGUUCCUUAUCUUUGCGCUCUUUAAUUACCCGUAAAAUUUAUCGACGUCAUUUCCGUCGAAGAUCAAAUCAAUUCAACAUGUCUGUUCCGAAUCCUACUCGGAAGAAAGAAACGUCCUUUAGCCACGCUUUUUAAUGAUAAAAGCAGCGGAUGCCCCGAAAUUUUCGUCAAGAAUUCGAUGUCGCUGUCUGAAGUUCACUCAGAGAAGAAAAUGUCUCUUAUCCACUCUCUCUGACUAUCAAAGCUGCGUCAGCGCCAGAAUAUUAGUCGUCGGGAAAAUCAAGUCAAUUCAACAUCGUCGUUUAUUUGUCCCGAGAUUGGUUUGGAGGAAGAGGCAUUCUUUAUCCACGCUCUUUAAUUGCGAAAGCUAUCGAUACGUAGACAUUAUCGCUGAGAAUUUGAAAAUCAACGUUGGAGUCGGAAGAAAUACUGCUGCAGUCGGAAGGACAUCCGGCGGCUUUGGGACGACCUGUACAUCAAGACGACGACCACCGUUAGCCGCGUUUCUCGGUUAUUCUUCUCGUCAUCGCCCUUCGCCGCGCACAGUGGCGAAAUUUGGUGAAAUAUUACGACGUCGUCGGCGGACAGUCGCUUAUUCAUUUAUUUACUCUCUCGCUUAUCCGUUGCACGCGAUCGUGCUCCAGAUUUAUUGGAACAGGGUCGUCGCCACUUUGACUCCACCCAGAGACCCAUUCUCGAUAAGACGAGACGAAGGACCGUCGAGAGCGAGAAGUGAAACGCGACGACGUCCUCGACGGUGAAACGUGCCGGAAAACGAAAAUGGAUUUUUCCUCCAUUUUCGGAGUCGAUGGCGAUCAAGUCGGCCCGGAAGACCUUUUCUCACUCUCGUCAUCCGCGAUAUACCAAGCCUUCCUAAUUGAAAGUCCAUGUCCGAGUUGAAAUUUUCAUGCAAUCAAUGAUGCUACUCCUUGACAUCGUGGCUUCUACGCUUCUAGCGAUAACUAAAUCAAUAAUUGAAAGAUCGGAACCUCUUAUUUGAACGCAUUCAUUCAUUUACGAGAUAUCCACGCAUACACGUCGUAAAACAGAAACCGAUAAGAAGGAUUCCGCUACUCGUACGGCCUCAGUCGAUGCAACGUGAUCAACGUGUCUCGUUUAUUUCGCGCUGUAAAGCGAAUAUAAACGCAAUAACGUAAUAGCACUAUCGUCGAGCAAGUAGCUCGUACCGAUUCCACUGAACGUGAACGUGACGUGGAUGUCCCAUCAAUUAUCGAAUGCCGCUCAGAGCGUGUUUAGCAAUGCAGUUCGUAAUGAGAGAGCCCGUGUUUCGCAACGAUCAAAUCACCUUGAUUUCGCCAAGUGACUUUGAGCGACGUCUCCGAGCGAUGAGCGAUGCCCGGUUGAUGAAGUAUAAGAAAGAACGACGGGAAGGUCGCGAAAGAAGGCGACUUUCUGCGUGUAUGUGCGUGUCAACCUUGCGAACUCGAUAUAUUAUUAUUAUUAUUAGUAUGUGUAUAUGUGUAUAUAUAUAUAUAUAUUCUCUAUCGUGUUACUGUUACUAUAUUACUCGUUACCAGCCGCUCUCCGUUUAACGUAAUGCGAGUCGAGAUAAGCAUCAUUUUGUCUCCUAAUUUCAUAUUCAAUGAGUGAGAGAAGUAGGAUGACGUUUCUGUCAACUUGCGUCAUCAAAUAAGGAACACACGCUAUAUUAUU